AUGCCGAAAACAAAAUUUCAGUCUGCCCUCUUGCGGCUUAGGUACAUAGACAAGCGGAUUCAGCUAAAGCUAAAUGCAGGACGCUCAGUCAGCUGCAUACUGCGGGGCUUUGAACCGUUCAUGAAUGUGGUACUGGAAGAAGCCGUUGAGGUGUGCAAGGGCAACACGAAGAACACCAUCGGAAUGGCGGUAAUUCGCGGCAACAGCAUUGUCAUGGUGGAAGCAGUGGAAAGGGUCUAACGACUGCCUUUUAGCUAUUAGAAAUAGUUUUAUAAUUUAACAACCAUCAUCCAGGGUUUAUACCUUUUGUGAAGCUACAAAACUCUUAAAUAAAUGUAAAAAAAACACAAGUGUGAACACAUACUUGAAUGAUGAAAUUAUAUCGG